AUGGAGGCCUGCGCUUCUGGAAGUGGGACAGUUGUGGCGAUGCUUCUUAGAUGUGAUUCAAGUUCAAUUGAUGCAAAGGAUAAACGGGGCUUUGGAGCCCUUCAUGAAGCUGCGAAGGGCAGCCAUCUAGAAGCUCUUAUUUCCCUUUCAGCUUUUGGUGUUGAUUUAGAUUUGGUUUGUAAAGAACGCCUAUUACAUUCUUGCUUCUUUGUUUUUAAUCUUCUCUGCUUCCCUUAA